GGUUUGGUGUCGGAAACGCGGGCGGCGGCGCGUGCGGUGCGUGUCAGGGGGCUGCGACCGUCGCUCAUCUAUAACGGAGCUCUGCGCCGUGGGCCGGCAGUGCGUGUGCAGAGCCCACAGCGCAGCCAUGGCCAGGCCAGGAGCACGACUCGCCUACAGCGCGUGCGCCGUCGCCGUCGCCGUCUUGGCAGCUUUCGUGGCCACAGCAAGUGCCCAGCCGCACCCGCAACCAGAGGGUCCCGCCUGGCCGCAGAGCCUGCUGCAGCACCCCAACCUGCGGCUCCUGCCCACGGACACAUGUGGACAGGACUACUCUGACCGCAUCACCGCCGGCGUGGCUCCCAUCAACAAGUACCCGUGGACGGCGCUGCUCAUCUACGCCUCAGGGGACAGUGACCUGGUUAUCCGGUGUGGCGGCUCGCUCAUCACCAGACGCUACGUGCUGACCGUCUCGCACUGCGUCAAUGGCAGGACGCUCGGCUCCUACAAGCUACUGAGCGUGCGGCUGGGCGAGUGGGACCAGCGCACGGACGUGGACUGCGACGGCGACUUCUGCGCGCCGCCGGCCGAGGACUUCGGCAUCGAGGAGGCCGUCCCGCACCCGCGCUACGAGCCGCUGUCCUCCAGAAGCGCCUCCAACGACAUCGCGCUGCUCAGACUCGACCGCAACGUCCCCAAUUCUCCUUUCAUCAGAACAAUAUGCUUGCCGAUUACGCCUGAGAUGAGGCAAGCAACAUUCGUCGGGAAGAAUCUUGUUUUGGCUGGGUGGGGUAGAACCGAAAAAGGUGGCUCCACCCCAGUGAAGCUGUACAUUGAGGUGCCGGUGGUGGACGAGCAGACCUGCCAGCAGCGGUACGCGCGCUGGGACCGGCACAUCGUGUCGUCGCAGAUCUGCGCCGGCGGCAGGGGCGGCGAUGACUCCUGCGCUAGCAACAGCGGCAGCGCGCUCAUGGCCUUAGAGGGCCAGCCGCCCAGGGCCUAUCUCAUCGGGGUCGACUCGUACGGUCGCCGCGAUUGCGGCGUGGUGGGCCACCCUGACGUCUACACCCGUGUCUCCUCCUUCCUCACGUGGAUACUCGACACCAUUCGGCCUUAACGUCGCUUACUUGUCAUACACCGAACCACAUCCACAACACAUCACUGUGGUCUAUCGCCAUAUGCACCAUUCGAGUGGAUGCAUCCAGACGAAGUACAUGAACUCUCUAACCCUAAUGUUCACAUUAAUACAAUAAAAAUAGCGAUAUUACACAUUAAGAGAUUUUAAGUCAAAGCUGGAUCUGUUCUCGUGCCAUUUCUCACCAUCGUCUUUAAGAUAUUUUUAAUUUAAUUCUUAAAUUUUUCUUCGUCGUAGUUUUCUGUCUAGAAAACACUUCAUUUACAACAACGUAUCAUUAAAGGAGGAAAACUAAAAUACAUUUGUCACGUGAUCUACAUAUUCGUAAUGGGGCUGAACAGCCGAUUGUGAUAAUAAGAAUUUCGAGUAUUUUUUAAUAAGAUCCAUUCUGUGAACAGUAAAAUCUCGUAAGGUUUUGAUAUCUGCAAAACAAGAAUAUCAGUGGCAACCAAAACACCACACGUUGAAAGGAAGAAUCUUGAUAAAUAAUAACAAUUGCUAUAUCACCUGACGCAACAUACUAUUCUACACAGCAACAUAACUAAGUUAUCCUUCUUUCUCAAGCCUCUUUACGUAUUAGUUUAAACAACUGUGUUUAAUCCAAUUAUGCAGACUCAGUUUUUAAAUCACGGAAAACAGGAUUGCUAUGAUGUUGUUUUUGUAGCUUCUUCCAUCAGAAAAGCUAUUUAUUUACGACAGUUAUUAAAAAUUUACACAGGUUUUUUUUUACCUUAUCAGAACGUAAAUUCUCUUCUUGCUUCCUUUCUCAUCGAUUGGUGGUUGCAUUUAUGAACGUGUUUUCAAACAGAGAAAAUGAUUUUGAACAUUGAAACCACUCUGAGUUUUAAGAUUACUUUACAAACUGAAAUUCCUAUUGUUGUCCGUGUGAAUCAUUGGAGUAAACUGUAUCAUCAUUUA